AUGUGGCAGCUUCGUGUGCAAACGCCAGGCAAACCCGCCAUUGUGUGCCCGCUCGUGGUGCAGGAUGAGGACAGCGAGGCGACCACGUACCUGAUCACGCGCAAGCUGAAGAAGCACAAGGAGCGCAAGAGCAUUGUGGUCAGCGAUGUGUCCGUGAGCAGGCAGCACGCCGAGAUUCGCGUGCAGCGCUGCUCCGGCACAGUGGGCCAAAACGAGCGGCCCGACGUGUUCUUCACGGACAAGGGCUCCAAGUGUGGCUCGUUCCAGGACGGCGAGCGGCUGGAGCCUGAGCGCGAGUACUUGGUUGACGAGUACAGCACGCUCGAGCUUGGCGCCAACCACACCACGGUCGCACUGGAGUGGCACCCGCUCGUGUUUGUGGGCUCCUCCCUGCCCUCCAAGGAGAGCCAGGUCCAGGUGCAGACAGCCAUCAGCAAGAUUGGCGCCCGCUUGGAGCGCGCCUGGGUCUCGGACGCCACCCACCUCAUCAUGCUUGACAUCAAGGCGACGCCAAAGCUGAUUUUGGCACUCGUGGCCACCAAGCCCAUUGUCUCGCCAGACUUUCUGACUGCCUUCACGCGUCUGAAAACCCCAACAUCGCCCCUGCCAAAGGCGGAAAACUUCCUGCCGCCACUGAAGGAUCGCGCCAUCCCGCCCAACACGAGUUUCCAGCCAGAUGAGCGGCGCAAGGCCCUCUUUCAAGGCAAGCGCUUUGCCUUUCUCAGCGUGGACCAGUACAAGAAGCUGUAUGAGCUUGUUGUCGCAGCAUCAGGCUUACCGGUCCUCUACACCAACGAGGAGCAGGCGCGUGCGGUGCAGACAGACGGCAAGGGUCACACCCGUCCAGACGUGUUGGUUGUGCGCAUUCACAAGUCGCUCAUCACGGCUGCCAACAAGGAAUGGGUGGAGAGCGUCAAGUCUGACCUGCGCAGUGCUGGACUUCGGACUGUGAAUGAACAGGAGAUUACAUAUGCCAUCUUGCAGGUUUCGACCAACAUCAUGUGCAACCCAAACACAAGUCCUGCCGAGGUGCUGGAAAGCCAGAGCCAAUCGCUCGGAGUGCCGCCGUCUGUGAAGAAGCACGUGGAGGCCGCCCUGGCCACAGCCCGACGCGCAGCACAGGCAAGAUCCGUCACAGCAGCGAUAGCAGCACCAACAGCAGCGACAGGGAACGAUGAUGGUGAUGGCAUGCCGGCGAUGAAGCGCAGCAAGCACGAAGAGUUGGAGCACGAGCACUCCUGUCACCUUUUCGCCGUCGCGGCAAACGUCACCACGACAACGCACGUCAAGAAGAAGACGACGACCACCAUCAGGCAGCCGUGGGGAUGA